CUUAGCUCAUCGGUAGGGGAAGCAUCGUCAAUCAUCAACAUGAUCAUAACCCCAUCACCUGAUCCCUGGUCCACCCACGCCUGUCCUGUAUAUUCCUUUUCUUCUCAAAAAGGAAACGAAGAGGGGAGAGAGAGAGAGAGAGGGACAGGGUCACAGGGAGUAUUUGAUGCCUUGCAAUUCGAAUUAGAUGGAUGGAGAGCUGUUUCGAUCUUCCCGAGGAGACCGAGACAACACCCACCAACUCGAAUGCCAUCAACAUGAACAUCAAGAUGACUCCACUUCCUCCUCCUCCUUCAAGAUUCCCAAUCUCCAGCCCUUCACGAGCCGAACCAUCUUCGAAGAGACUCCAGAAACUGAAACAGAGAUCGUCCCAUCACCAUCAUUAUUAUCAUCCUCCAGCUUCACAGACUUCAGACCACCAGAUGGCCGUAAGAAGGCCGGUCUCCAACGCUCCAAGACUGCCCCGGCUAUGGCAGUCAUGCGGGACCUCAGGCAGCAACAAACGAAGACGCAGAUGCCUCAGUUUGAAUCUAAUUCCAUUAUCAGGCAGGCCAUAUUCUUCCUCAUCAUCUAUCUCUCACUGGGCGUUUUAAUCUAUUCCUUUAGUAAAGAUCAUUUCUCGGGGUUUGAGACCCACCCCGUGGUGGAUGCGCUAUACUUCUGCAUCGUCACCAUGUGUACCAUCGGGUAUGGCGACAUCGCCCCCUUGACCCCUGCCGCCAAACUGUUCGCCUGCAUCUUCGUGCUUGUGGGUUUCGGUUUCAUAGGAAUCUUGCUUAGUGGGACGGUGAAUUACGUGCUGGACUUGCAGGAGAACAUGAUAUUGACCAGCAUUCGUGCCGGUACCGGCGCUGGGGGAUUCUCGGCGAAGAAUUACAUCUUUGACCUAGAGAAGGGGAGGAUGAGGAUCAGGAUGAAGGUGGGUCUGGCGCUUGGUGUUGUGGUGUUGUGCAUUGGCACGGGUGCUAUGAUCUUUUAUUUCGUGGAGCAUUUGGAUUUGGUCGAUUCCGUUUAUUUGUCGGUUAUGUCCGUCACUACCGUUGGUUAUGGCGACAGGGCCUUCGAGACUUUGCCUGGGAGGCUAUUCGCCUCUCUUUGGCUACUCUUUUCCACCCUAGCGGUGGCCCGAGCGUUCCUCUACUUGGCGGAGGCCAGGAUUGAUAAGAGGCACCGUAGAAUCACUAACUGGGUUUUGCAACGAGGCAUCACUGUUGAGGAUUUUCUUGCCGCCGACGUCAAUAACAAUGGUUUCAUCAGUAAAUCAGACUAUGUUAUCUACAAGCUCAAAGAGAUGGGAAAGAUAGGAGAAAAAGAUAUUUCACAAAUCUGCACUCAUUUCAGGAAGCUUGACCGCCAUAACUCUGGGAAGAUAACACUGCCUGAUAUCUUGGAGAGCUCAUAGAUGAUGACAAGGAAAACUGGAAUUAUUUGUGGAAGAGGAUUUCUUCGUAUGUAUACGGAAGCAGUCUCCAAAGGGGGCGGGCGGGGGGAUAAAGGCCUCCCAGCAUUAACUUGCUGGCGGUGUAAAGGAAUGAAUGCUGUAUGUUACAGCGAUUUGUAGGACUUCAAAAGGAAAUUUUGAGUUUGAAGGGCAAAAAAAAUAAGAAGAAGAAAAGUGUAACAGAUGCGGAUCAAGUUUUCUUGGAAGGAAUGGUCCAAUGUCAAGAGAGGUGGGGAAGUAGGCAUAUAUGCCAAUCCAAAUUACCCAAAGAUAUAACUGUCUUAAACAAAACAAAUAAAAAAUAUUAAUUUUGAAAUACCCAAAAUACUCUUA